AUGGACACAGGGACGGUCAUCAACAUGCACUCGCCUCCACAGAUGCAGGUGGAGUUCAGGAACCAACGAGGCUACUACAUCGGCAACGCCUUCCUGCCCAGCCUUCUCCUCUCCAUCGUCUGCUACCUCAGCUUCUACUUCGCUAUCGACGACUUCCAGGACCGCGUGAUGGUGUCUCUGACUUCGCUGCUGGUGCUGACAAGUCUACUGACGCAGACCAACCAGUCCAUCCCGAAGACGGCGUACCUCAAGCUCAUCGACAUCUGGUACAUCGUCCUCAUCUGUCUAGACUUCCUUAUCAUCGUGGUCCUGGUAUUCAUAGAGAGCCUUCGCCGGCGGGUCCAAACAUCGGCAGUGUCGUCGGGCGGGUCACAGAUUAAGGUCAAGAGCUACGGGUCUGGAUCUGUAGCUCUGGAACGCCAAGAACUGCCAAAGGACCAUGUGGUCUGGAGGAAGGGGAUGUUUCAGCAACCGGAAAAUAAGUACCACAACAUUACCCAGGAGGAUAAAGCCAGGAAGGUGAACCAGAUCUCAAUCCUUGUGUUCCCCAUUAUCAUCGUGUGCUUUCUGGGAGUCUUUUUCUAUAAUGCCUUCGUCAGCCAGUCGCGCUGA